GGAUGCGGCUGUGCUCCUGCGCAUUGGAGGGGAGAAGAAGAACGAGAAGAAGAAGGCAACCUGGGUUGCUGCUGCUGCUGCUUCUGGGGCGGAGGCUGGAGGGAGCAAGGAAGAGCUGGGACACCCACCAAGGGGCCCAAAGGACCAGCCAGAGCCUGCCCCUGCGCCUCUUUCCCUGCUGGAAAAGGGGGCUGAAAUGUGUUACACGUUUUUAAGGAGCUAGAGGUUCAGAAGAUUAAAGCUGAAGGAUGCCAUCAGAGGUGUGCCUCAGUGUUCAAGAUAUGCUGACUGGGCAGAGACUCUGCCAGUCCAGCUCUCAUAACGAUGCUGUUUUGGCUGCUCUGAACCAACAAAGAAGUGACGGGAUACUCUGUGAUAUUACCCUCAUUGCAGAGGAGCAGAAAUUUCAUGCUCACAAGGCAGUCCUGGCAGCAUGCAGCGACUACUUCAGAGCAAUGUUUAGCCUCUGCAUGGUUGAAAGUGGUGCAGAUGAGGUGAAUUUACAUGGCAUCACAAGCAUAGGUUUAAAGCAAGCUCUGGACUUUGCAUACACUGGACAGGUUCUGUUGGAGCCAGGAGUAAUCCAGGAUGUGCUUGCUGCAGGAAGUCACCUGCAGCUUCUGGAGAUGCUUAGUUUAUGUUCCCACUAUCUUAUCCAGGAGUUAAAUAGCUUUAAUUAUCUGGACCUUUAUAAGCUUGCUGACCUCUUUAACCUCACUAUGCUGGAGAAAGCAGUUGUUGAUUUUUUGGUGAAACACCUCUCUGAGCUACUGAAUAGUCAUCCUGAAGAAGUCCUGGCACUCCCCUACUGCCUCAUGAGAGAAGUCUUGAAGAGUGACCGGCUUACAUCACUGAGUGAAGAACAAAUCUGGCAGCUAGCUGUAAGGUGGUUAGAACACAACUGCCGGUAUCAAUACAUGGAUGAACUUCUCCAAUAUGUUCGAUUUGGGCUUAUGGAUGUGGAUACAUUGCAUACUGUAGCCCUUUCUCAUCCUCUUGUCCAAGCUAGUGAAACUGCGACAGCCCUUAUCAAUGAGGCCUUGGUAUAUCACCAGAGCAUCUAUUCACAGCCAAUUUGGCAAACCAAAAGGACAAAACCUCGCUUUCAGUCAGAUACUCUUUACAUCAUUGGCGGGAAAAAGCGGGAGAUUUGCAGAGUUAAAGAACUCCGAUAUUUCAAUCCUGUGGACCAGGAGAACGUUCAUAUAGCAGGGAUUGCGAACUGGAGUGAACUGGCUCCCAUGCCAGUAGGAAGAAGCCACCAUUGUGUUGCUGUAAUGGGAGACUUCCUUUUUGUAGCAGGCGGCGAGGUUGAGCAUGCUACUGGCCGCACAUGUGCAGUACGGACCGCUUGUAGGUAUGACCCUCGUAAUAAUUCUUGGGCUGAAAUAGCGCCAAUGAAGAACUGCAGAGAACAUUUUGUGCUUGGAGUGGUGGAUGAAUACCUCUACGCAGUAGGAGGUAGAAAUGAGCUGCGUCAAGUUUUGCCUACAGUUGAGCGAUACUGCCCCAAGAAAAACAAGUGGACUUUUGUUCAGUCCUUUGACAGGUCCCUUUCGUGCCAUGCAGGAUACGUUGUGGAUGGUCUUCUGUGGAUAUCAGGAGGAGUAACAAAUACAGCACAAUAUCAGAACAGGCUAAUGGUGUAUGAUCCUACACAAAAUAAAUGGCUCAGUCGCAGCCCCAUGUUGCAGAGGAGAGUUUACCAUUCCAUGGCUGCUGUUCAAAGGAAGCUGUAUGUUUUAGGUGGCAAUGACCUGGAUUACAAUAACGACAGGAUUCUUGUCCGCCACAUUGACUCAUACAACAUAGACACUGACCAGUGGACACGCUGCAGCUUCAGUAUGUUGACAGGACAAAAUGAAUCUGGAGUUGCUGUCCACAAUGGUAGAAUAUAUUUAGUUGGAGGUUAUUCAAUUUGGACAAAUGAACCCUCUGCAUGUAUCCAGGUGCUGGAUGUUAGUAAGGAAGGAAAAGAAGAGGUUUUCUAUGGACCCACUUUGCCUUUUGCUUCCAAUGGCAUAGCAGCCUGCUUUCUUCCAGCUCCCUACUCUACGUGCCCAAACCUGCAGCCUUUGCAAGUGCCUCAUCACAAGAUAGGCACAAUGUGAGAAAAAGGAGCAUGACUAACUUGCCACCAUUUCCUCUUCACUUCACCAAAAUGAAGGAAUUGUUGCAAAAUACUUCUUUGUAUUAAAGUGCAGUAAAAGCCAAAAAAAUGGAGUGGGGGGAAGAGGAGGAAAAUGAAGAAAAUGGAUCAGAAUUAUACCAUCCACCUACUGUGGAAACGGACAGAACAUCUUUGCCUAUUAAGAUUUUUUUUUCAUCCAGUUAUUGGAACUUUUUGAACAUUUUCUGGAUUCUAUUAAUUUCCAAAGGUGCAUUGCAAAACAAAAAAAAAGUAUGUUAAUAAGGACAACAUACUGUUGUAUAUUCAGUGGGUUGAAAGGGACCUUCAGCAUUGUCUGCCACUGUUUGUUGCUUCUAGCAUUAACUUCAUCCAGGGAAUGAAGAACAAAGUUUAAAACAGCUGUGUGCAAACUAAACAAAGAGAUUUUCCAUUUUAUCUAGAACAGAAAGAAUAUGGGCUGUUGUGAGUUUGUAUUGGUUAAUUUUGAAAAGGGCUUAUUUUGGGUGCUUGUCUUUGAUAUUAGAAGAAUCUGAAACUACAAUGGCUAUGUAUUCUCAGCAUUUCUGCUCUGUAAAGGUGCUCUUAAACUCCACUACUGAGUGUUUCUUACAUUUGCCUCACAUUGGCUAAAGGCUGGACAAAAUGUCAUGUCAUUGUAAUACUUUCAGCUGCGGAAAAGACAAAUAUGUGGCAAUGUUGUCAGAAGGAAAGCAGGGAGGAGGGAGACAGUCAAGCUAGAGGUCAUUGUAAGCCUUCAGUAGUUUUCAAGAUUGUUCCCCAUAGAAUUAGAACAGAAGUCACUGUUUAGACAUAGUGCAGCUUGUUAGUAACCUUAAGUUCUUAUAUCUUUUUACUGAUCCAAAGUAUUUGGCAGAGACACUUUGAGGAAAGUGAAUUGUUCAAUUCCAAUACCUUCAUUUGUCAAAAGCUGUACAAAGAAAAUAAAUUAAUGUUGGAAUGCCAUUGUGAAACUUAAGGAUUAUUUUUUAAAAAAUAACU